CGCUCAGCGUUUGACAGGUCGUGCUCGACUGACGUUACGGCGACGUAUUUAUGUCUGACGGUACGUCAGCUAGAGAGAGCUCCUCAGUUGGGAUCUUGCGUUCACAGGAUGAAGACGACGAUUGCCAUACUCCUGCUUGGUUUAUGCUCGCAGCAUGCGCUGGGACAGAUGAACCCAGCGAUGCUAUCGCUGCUGGGUAGAGGCGGUGCUGGCAGCAUGGGCUUGGGUAUGGGAGGCAUGGCUGCUCUUGGAAUGGGAGGAAUGGAAAUGCAGGAUUUAAUGACAAUGCAGAUGAUGAACCAGAUGUCUGGCGGAGGAGCUGCAGGCGGCGGUGCCGGCGGCAUGGAUCCCACCACGAUGUUAAUGCUCAGCGGGGCCGGCGGUGGCGGAAUGAUGGGCAACGAUAUGCUUACCAACAUGAUGAUGAUGAACAUGCUCAGCGACAACCAAGGUCAGGGUCAGGGUCAAGGUCAGGGUCAAGGACAAGGUCAAACCCAAACGCAAGGGGGAAACACCAUGGCAACUCGAAUCGCAGAAAUGCUCGGAGACAUGGGCACAGGCAUCACGCCAGCCCAACAAGAACAGAUCUGGAUGUACCUCACCAUGAAUCGUUUACAGCCUAAGAUCAUGGAAGCAGUGGCCAGUCCUCUCGACCGAGUCCAGCUCGAGAGAGACGGUGUCAUGGGUAUCACUGAGCCCCAAAUGAUGUUCAUGCUCAACUCCAUGUGUCCCGCCCCCACCGGCUGCAGGUUCCCGAUGUGCGAGGCCACAGAGAUCCCGUUCAGCCCCGAGAGCUUCUACGUGUGCCGCGGCUGCCCUCGCUGCAGGCUCGACAGCAGCCAGCAGUCACUGUUCAACCUUUUUCAAUCUCGAAGGGGCCGCACCGGCGGAAACAGCGCAACAGGCAACGACAUGGCCCAGCAGCUCGCUAUGAUGAGAAUGAUGCAAGGAGGUGGCGGAAGUAGCAAUCUCCAAACUCUUGCGCUUCUCAACUCCCUCCAACAGCCGCAGACGCCGCCAGCCCAACCCCCUCAGCCUGUGACCUCGGCGCCCCAGUCCCCGGCCGCUCAAUUGACCUCUGCCCAGCUCCCGGCCGGAGCUCCUCCAUCACCCGAGUUCAUCGCUUUCAUAAAGCAGCGACGAGAGCAGAUGCGCACGCAGAACCAAGCGGCUAGACCGCUUAUGUAACCAUGGCAACAGAAACAUAGCGAACGAAUUCAUUAGUUUUUCAUCAUUGAGUUUUUAGUUGUACAGAGCAAACAGAAAAGCGAUGAAAACUGCAUUCACCACGCUGGACAUUAUUGCAACCGUGUUUAAAUUUGCGCUACGAAUGUGUUACAAACGUUUCAGUCAACCAACGUGCAUCGUUCUUUAAAAGUCACGCAUUUAAUCUGAGCGUUACCCUAAAACCUUUCUUCAGCAAUGGUGGUGUGGCGAAUUGUCUGCCUUUAAGCAUUUUAUUGCGCUUUGAGUGCGAGCCUGGGACAUUUGCAGCCAUUACAGUGGCCGAUCGAAACGGACAAGCUAGCUGGCAUUCUCCGGCAGUGCUUUUCGCCUUAAACGAUCAUCACUGAUAUAUUAUUUUUUCUUGAAAGCCUGUUCAACUUUGAUAUAUAUAUAUAUAUAAUUGAAAGAAUGUUGUUUUUUUGUUUUGUGACAGUUGUGGUUCUUUUAGUAAGAUAUUGUUCUUGUAUAAUGUGGACUAUGAUGGUGCUGAUGAUGUUUGUUUGCAGACGCGGCCAGAGCAGCCUAGCGGGAAUGGCCUUCUAGAAGUGAGUCACGUGAUCUCUCGCCCAGCGAUUCGCAUCAUUCACAUAACAUGUGUACCAACUAUUUACUUAGAACAUAAUCGCCGAGGCAUUGCUUUAAAUAAAUUUAUAAUAUAAAU